ACACUACUGGUGUGUGCACUGUUUGGGAUUCAAUUUCAACUCGCACGACUUAAUUAGAGCCUGAAGGAUCUUCCAUUGUGGUGUGUGCUGACUGAUGUUAAAGUCAAGUGGGGAGUUCAAAGAGUGACUGAUAGCUGCUGAAUGUGAUGUGAAGGUCAAGGUUAUUUCAAUCAAACAGCUGCCACAGAUGACCAUAAGACUACAGUAAAGGCCAGUAGAGAUCUGUCACAUCAAGUUACAGGAAUUAAUUUGGAUAGUCUAGAUGACCACAACAGUAUGGCCAGUGGAGAGGACAUCUCAACAUAUUUUACAGGUACACAUGAAGUACAAGAAUGUCUUGAAGGUCAAGGUGAAGUAGAUCUACACACACACCUGGCAAACUGCGAGAAAAAUCCUGGCCAUACAAACUUUGUACCAGUAAAUCAGUUAAGUCUUGAACAUUUUCCUUCUGGUUACCAUGACAACGAUAUGUUUGACGUCACAAAAGCCCUGGCUGACGUCACUGUCAGGAUAGCCGUUAAGUUUACCAGUCCAGAUAGACCAGAGUUUGUACCAGGCACUAAAGAUCCAUAUCCUUGCUACAACACCAGGGGACAGAACUCACUGAGGACAGGGACUGGGACGGUGAGGUGGGUGUACAAGUACACAGAGGGGAUGGACCAAAGAUACGAGACCUACAGAACUUGUCCAUGUCCUGAAUGUGACCACUCGGACACACCCAGCAAAGUGUGGUGGAAGGUUCAGGUGGUGACAGCCAAACAUGUGGUUUUUGAUUCAAGUGAGGCGAGACAGUCCAGCUGUAGGUUGUGGUUUGAUGAUGAUCAAAGUCCAGUGGUCAAGAUUUAUGGGUGGACGGUGGAUUGGUUGUCACACACUGAGAGAGACUUGUGUUUGUUGUGGUGUGCGACACAUGACGUAGAUGUAGCUGAUAAACUGGAGGAGAUGGAUAGGCGGCAGCAGUGGGGCUAUGGUCUACAGACUGGAGUGUUGCGGGUCGUCUCAACAUCCCCACAGUGGAGCUAA